UAGUUUCAUAAAUGUGUGACAAGUCUAAAAUCUACCUUCUGUAUAAAUUGGUAAUCUAAAGUCUAAACGAAGCGUAGAAGCUCAGUAUUUUGCGCAGUUAAAAGCAAUUCUUAAAAAUAGAAAUGUCAAACGAAAUAAAAAUAGUUGCAGCGAGUAUCGUGAACUUUCUAAAACAGCAAUUGGACGGCGAUUCUUUGAGCCCUGAUUCUAGAGAGAGUGUCGAAGUCGGCGUGCAAUGCAUUGAGACCGCUUUCGAGCUGACGACGGAAGAUGCGGCUCGAGGCCUGGACUUACUGCAGCUUGUCCGUCAGCGACUGGGGCCGCCCGCUAACAAGGCUGAAGCCGAACGACUCAAGAACGAAGGCAACGAGCUCAUGAAAGCUGAGCGUUACAACGAAGCGCUUGAAAAGUACACGCGCGCCAUAGAGAUCGACCCAAGAAACGCGGUCUACUACUGCAAUCGCGCGGCUGCGCAUUUCAGGCUGUGCGACCCCGAGGCAGCGGUGAGCGACUGUACCACAGCACUCGCCCUACAGCCUGACUAUAGCAAGGCGUACGGACGCCUUGGGCUCGCGCUCACCGCCCUCGAGAGACACUGCGAGGCGCGCGCUGCCUACGCCCGCGCCGCUCAACUCGACCCUGAGAACGAGUCCUACCGAGAAAACCUCCAACUCGCUGACCAAACCUUAGCACAGCGCCCUAACGAUCUGAGUGGCUUACUCCGGAAUCCUGCUUUGAUCAACAUGGCUACGGAGAUGCUCACUAACCCUAAUAUGCAGAACCUCAUUUCAGGGUUAAUGACAACGACAGGGGGAGCUCAGGGUGUAGGAGAGGUGCCCCCAGGAGGUAUUAAUGCGUUGUUAGAAGUGGGACAAUCAUUGGCACAACAAAUGCAAGCUGCUAAUCCUGAUUUGGUAGAGCAACUGCGACGUCAGCUUAGACCCCCAGGGUCUGGUGAAAAUCAGCCACCUUCUCAGUGAGAAUGAUGUGUAUUAGUAUUGAGCCUGUGAGAGGGGACUGGGAUCCUCAAUUCUCAUACUGGUCUGUACUUUUGUCUUCUCUCUCAAUUCCAAUUUCACAUGAUAAGAGUGAAAUUUUACUUUAUUUGUUAAAAAUUGUUAAACGUUUCUCAAAUCACACUACAACUCAGCCUAAUACUGAUGUAAAACAUGCUGCUUCAAAUAAAUACUGUUCCUAUAUAAACAUCUGGAAGAAUAUGUUCACCAUACUUCAUAUAGAGAAACUUGUGCUAAGUGUUUAAUUAUUAGGGAACAGUGUAAUAAAUUUUUGUUCCCGAGCUAUCCUUAGCUUAUGUUUGACUAAUUGGUAAUUUUAAUAAAUAUAUAUUUAAAUAUAAA